AUGUCCUUCUUCAAACAACUCGCCACGAACAGCAUCAACCCAGAGUCUCUGGAGACGAUUGAACCUGAAGAUUUGGUUGAUAAGAGCAUCGACUACAUCGACCGCGAGCUGGACUUUCGAUUGUUGCAGAGAAGCUACCGACGACUGAAGCGAUGUAUUGCUUUUCUCGUUGCUUUUCUGGCGCUUGCUGUGGUGGCGUUGGCCAUUUCAGAUCGUAAGAGGAGUGGGAUGGGUGAGCAUGAGUUGAGGCCGAAGUAUCCUGUCCCCGAGCUUCCAUGGACGGCAACUACCUUCGAGAAACACGACCUUUUUUCCGCCCCCUCCAACGCCGAAUCCGAUGAAGCCUGGGCGUCCCUCAUGCCACCCGGGGACGGCUUCCUCCUCCUCCCCACCAUUGUCACAACGCCCGCCCACCUCCCCCCAGGCCAAAGCCACCCUGCAACCAACACCUCCACCCUCUACGACACAACCCUCUUCCACAGUCUGCACUGCCUGAUCCACAUCCGCACCUCGCUCUCCACCCUCAUCGCCUCCAUCGCCCAUGACAAUACUCAGCUAGUUUACGAGCUGCUGGUCAAAUCACAAGAAGAACAUGUGCGACAUUGUUUCGAUUAUCUGCGGCAGGGCGUUAUGUGUCAAGGGGAUUUGACGUUGGAGUGGCCGAGGACGGAGGACGAUGGGAGUGGACGGAGGUUUGCGGUUGAUGGGUGGGGGGUUGGGCAUGUUUGUCGGAGUUGGGAUGCGGUUAUGGAGUUUAUGGAGGAGCAUUCUGUGACCAGACACAUGAACGAAUGA